AUGGUGGUCUCUUGUCAGUACAAUUUGGAAGAUUGUAAUUUAACGUAAGUUUUUAAGAAAAAUUUAUAUUUUAAAAACUUUAAUUUCAAAAAAUUUAAAAAAAAUUAAACUUGAAAUUAAAAAAAACGCAUUUUUAGUGAAACGGUUGACUUUUAUGACCCCUACAACGGUCUGUGUCAUAUGAUCAACCCUAACAUGACUUGGAAUUCGUCUCGAGCUGGGCCUUAUAAUGGAAUGAGAAUAGCAUUGAGAUCACCCAGUGACACUUAUUUGCCUUGGGAAUCCACUGCUGCUAUAAUAUUCUUCAUUCACGGCACGGUGGGUAGUAUUUUCGGCUUGGAGUUUUUAAAAAGGCAGGGCAAAGGCAGAGCAAAGGCAGCGCAAAGGCAAGGCAAAGGCAGGGCAAAGGCAAAGCAAAGGCAGGGCAAAGGCAGGGCAAAAGCAGGGCAAAGGCAGGGCAAAGGCAAAGCAAAGGCAGAGCACAGGCAGAGCAUGACUUUAAAUGCAAAUCUUAAUUUUAGAAUGAAACCCCCUUCCAAGACGCCUUUGGCUAUUUUGCUGAAAUUGGCCGUUGUAAUUCCGUUGGCAUGACAUAUAUGAAGCGGCAAAAACUACCCGAGCCGUAUAACGACUGCUCAGACGAUGGUGAUGGAGCUCCAAAUUAUUAUAGCAAUGGCUAUGAAGUAGGUGUUUUACCCUACCCUACUCUACCCUACCCUACCCUACCCUACCCUACCCUACCCUACCCUACCCUACCCUACCCUACCCUACCCUACCCUACCCUACCCUACCCUACCCUACCCUACCCUACCCUACCCUACCCUGCCCUACCCUACCCUACCCUACCCUACCCUACCCUACACUCCCUAUGCUACUAUAUUUUAGAUAGAAGCCUGUAUUCGAAGCUGUCUUCAAAACAAUAUAAUUGACAAAUGUGGGUGCUAUGAUCCGCAAUAUAAUUACCCUUCGAACGUGACAGUACCUUCAUGUUAUAAUAUGGGGGAUAUUAAUGCUGCUAGUGAGUAUUGAACUUAAUUAUUUUAAAAUCUUUAAAAACACUUAACGACAUUCGUAUUUUACAAACAUAAAAACGUAUGCCUUUAGUGGACUGUGCUGAUGCCAUUAUCAAUGUUGUGGACCAGAAUUCGGUUUCUAAUAAUUCGGCUUGCAAUUGUCCGUAUGGUUGUGAGUAAGUCCAAAACUUAUUCUUCAGUAACAAUCGUUGAACUCAGGUUUUGUUACUCUUUUGUCAAGUCUAAUCUUUCGUUGCGAGACCAAAGCUGUCCCUUCGGGGCUAUGGUUCAGAGUCUCAGCCCUUGAGUUCAAAUAUGCCGGCCUGGCUCCUUUUAAAUUUGUCUUGGCUUAGCUCGGACUAGCCUAGUUGGCUUUUUUUUUCUUUUAGUCUUAGUCUUAAAGGACCAGUUUGGAUAAGUCUUUUGUCAAGCUUUUCUGCAACAGAUCAGGCAAUCAGGGAAGCGCGAACUUUUUUGGCGCAAAACGUGAGCGAGUCGAUUUGGAAUAAAGGAAAUCAUUUAUCCAGUGUGCCCGCUCACGUUUGGCGCGAAAAAAAGUUCAACAGCCAAAACGAAAAAAUCUUUGCGACAAAAGAAGUUAUCCGGAUUGGUCCUUUAAAGCUCAUGCCAUCUCUGGUUAUAAUAUUUGUUUAAUUAUCAAAAAAUAUCUUUUCAGUUUAUCAUACUACAAAAUAGGAAUGUCACAGACGAAUUGGCCUGCUUCAACUUAUACUGUAAGUAAAUUUUAGCUCUUACCCUAAACUUUCCUUAUCCUGCACUAUUCUACCUUACACUAAAAUGUAAAAUAUUGGGGCUUUUAUUACACAGGAGUCCUACUGUAACAUAUUCUUCCUUGAAUUUAAAUUUUUUUAAAAAACCACAAUUUUCUAGCCAUCUGAAUGCACUUCACCAUCAGCGUAUUGGACUACGGUUGCCGAGUGUAUUCAGUGGUAUAAGGAUAACACAGCAAUGCUGGAAAUUUACUAUGAACAGCCUAGUUAUCAAAGCAAUGUGGAAACGUCGGCUUAUACGGUAAUUCUUAUCAGUUUUUGUUUGUAAAGAAAGUUUUUGCCAUUUUUUGUUUUGUAAAGAAAGUUUUUGCCAUUUUUUGUUUUGUAAAGAAAGUUUUUGCCAUUUUUUAUUUUGUAAGGAAAGUUAUUGCCAUUUUAUAAUUUGUAAAGAAAGUUUUUGUCAUUUUUCAUUUUGUAAAGGAAGUUCUUGCCAUUUUAGGUAAUAAACAUGGUCGCUGAUAUAGGCGGUCAACUAGGCUUGUGGCUAGGAAUGAGUGUAAUAUCAAUCGUGGAGAUGUUCAUAUUGGCUUGUGCUACCGUUGCUUUUAUGAUUAUACGACCGGAACCGAUCAAUCUAGAUGGCUAUGACUAUUGGGCUGAGUUUGAUAAGCCUGUAAGUGUUUUUUGAGGUGCACUACUUAGCAUUGUACUGUAAAAAAUAGUGUUGUAUUAUACAAUACUAAAAAUAAAAUUAAAUUAAAAAGUAUCACUAUGUAAUACUAAAAAAUAAAAAAAUAGUACGAUGAUAUAUAGUACUAAGAUACUCAAAAUGCAGUACGGUACUAUUUAGUAUUGUUUAAAAAAUUAUUUUAAAAUGCCAUUUCUAACUAUAUACUAAUCGAUGAAAAAUAUUGUUUUAGUCAGACAAGAGACGAGAAGAGUUGUAUGCCAAAGGUAAAUCGUCUGACGAUGAUUUACCGCCUAGAGUCACAUAUCCUCAACCAGUUGAGAAUACUGUAACAUAA